AUUAUAUUUUCAUUUUCCCCAAAAGUUCAAUCUACCAAAUAUCUGCAACCACCGUCUCUUCUCUCUCUCUCUCUCUAAAAUUCUGACUUUUGAUUCAAACCCAGACCAAUUCUUGAAAAUUUCUGCAAAUGUUUGCGAACGUGAACUGAAAUUGAAGAAAACCCUAUAUUUGUAAUUUCGUAAUCAGAUUGGAAGAUGGGUGAAGAAGUGCAGAUGAGUGAAUACGGAAGAGGGGGCGAAGAUGCCGGAGACGAAGACAGAGUGUCGGAGUGGGAGAUGGGUUUACCCAACGCCGACGAUCUGACUCCUCUCUCUCAGAAACUGAUCUCGCCGGAGCUCCUGUCGGCCUUCAGCAUAUCCCCGGAACCCUCCCGGAGCAUACUCGACGUAAAUCGAGCCUCCCAGACCACCUUAUCGAGUCUCCGGGGACAGUCUCAGACACUGUUUUCGUCCGCCAAUUUCAAUCUCAACGACGAAGAAGCCAGAGAUCCUCUGGUUGUAGAAGAUGUGACCGAUAAUUCGGAACCGAGGAAGAUUCGGAGGGUGGACAGCGGCGGCGCGGAGGAGGAUGACUCGGCGCUGCGGACGGAGAAUUGCAGCGUGAAACGGCCGCGAUUGGUGUGGACGCCGCAAUUGCACAAGCGGUUCGUCGACGUCGUGGCCCAUCUGGGUAUAAAAAACGCGGUGCCGAAGACGAUCAUGCAAUUGAUGAAUGUUGAGGGCUUGACCCGCGAGAACGUGGCCAGUCAUCUGCAAAAGUACAGGCUUUACCUGAAGAGGAUGCAGGGGUUGUCGAAUGAGGGUCCGUCGCCGUCCGAUCAUCUCUUCGCGUCGGCGCCGGAGCCGCAGAGCUCACAUGAGUCGGGAGGAGGGAGUGGACAUGGACAAGUUCCGGUGCAUUUUCCGAUGCCUUAUGCGCCGACACAGUUGAUGCCGAUGCCGGUACCGGUACCGGUGCCGGUUUUCGGUCAUGGUUAUGGCCAUAUGGGUAUGCCGGUGGGUAAUCCAGCGGGUCCGGGUCAGUAUCAUGGGUUUGAGUCUCAUCCUUUCAAUAUGCAGCAAAGAGACUGGUCAGGGACUAUGUUUGGUUAUAAUCAUGUUAGUCAUAAUGACAAAUAACUUCAUUAGGGAGGCUAGUUUUCUUUGGAUCUAUUUGAACUACUAUAAUUGAGUUCUUUAAAUUGUUAGCAUUUGCAUCAUAAUUAUUCUUAAUGAAUCUAUCUUUGUAAUGAUAAUAAAUUAACAUUACAGCACAAGAUUUGAUUUGUA